AUGUUUAUAAACGAAGUCUGUGGUCUCAUUGGUUCCUACGGCGGUCGGGAUGUCCUGAUGGAGGCGUUGUGCCAAGGUGCCAAGUUGGCGGCGGGAUACCAGGCCAAGCGUAACCCAGACCUGUCCCAACGAUGUGCCACCGUCAGCUCGAAGAUCUCGGGAGCCCAGGCCACUCUGCGUCUGAUCGAGGAUCUUCCCGUGAUUCAGUACACCCUGGAUUACGGAUUGGGCGAGUGUGAGCCGGAUCGCAUCACGGCCGUACUGGGCGUGAUGUCCAACGCGGUGGAUCUGCUCUUCUACCCCAUCGAGACCAUCUGCUGGCUGGCCGAGAACAGGGUUUUAGAUGUGAGAAAUAGGACAGCUUGGAGCUAUGCCAACUCCAUUUUCUGUGUGCUCUCCGUGUACCUGAACCUCGUGAGGACAUUGAGGACUUUUUCGCUGAAGCGGAACCAGCUAAGCCGGCAGGACGCGGUCUCCCUUGCGCGCAUCUCCCUUGAUCUCGUCCACGCUGUCGGCAUUCUGCCCAGAGGUUACUUGUGGGGUGGGAAGAUGUCAACCCUCCAAAUCGGAGCCAUUGGAACCCUCUCUGCGGCCCUGGGAAUCUACCAGGUCUUGGCCAGAAAAAGACUGACCAAGUAA